CCGGUACAAGGCGUUAGCUAACAAGUUAAAUACAGCAUGAACCAAACAUGGGCCCGACGCGCCUCGAGGACGGAGCAGAAGUAUUCAAACAAAGUGCUGAUAGGCAACUGGGCGGAAGAAAGACUUCAGUUCACCAGGGAGCCGCAGACGGCCGGCGGCACCGGUCGCAUUGACCACCGGCCCCACUGGGACGUCCGGCCAGACGUCUCCGAGAGAAGAUCCGCCCUGCUGAGAGCUGAGGGGCUUCCGUCCAAGCUGCUUUUUGGCCACGAUGACGCACCGUCCUCUCGCCGCUUGGUCACGCUUUAUGAGGAGAGCUACCGGCGCGAGCACGCCGACGCCCGGCCGCCGAACAGAUGCCUCUUACGGUUCCAAUUCAGUCACCGGGCCGUUAACUUCCUCUUCUGCCUCGACAGCUCUCGCAACCGGCGGUUCUGGCCCGCCCUCCUCCCGCCGACGACUACGUACGGGUCAGCGUACCAGAGGCACCCCGCCAGCGGCUACUGCCAGAACCGCUUUGCCAGGGCUCCACGAGCGCUCUCCAGCCACCUCCACGCAGCCAAUCACAUCCACAGGGACCUGGAUCUGAGGCGCCGCUCGCUGCUGCAGGUCCCGGAUCGCUGUUGGAGUCCGCUUCCACGGACGGGCCUCGCGUGCGACGCGGUCGUUCCUCGCGCGUGCGUUCCUCUUUUGUAUUAG